ACUGUUUUACUUUUAUUAUUUAACAGUGCUGAGAAAAGAACCGUCUGUGUUUAGGUUGAACUAUUUUCACGGUCGGAUCAGAAGCAGCAUCGCUGGCACAAGUCAAAACUCCUAUUUAUCAUCUCUUUGCUUCUCUUACAGAUUUUACAGUUAGGGUUCUGUUUUUGCAUAUCAACAACCAUAAAUCAAUUUCCUUUUUUUUUUUUUAUAUCCUUAAUUAUCUCAACAGCAACAUAUUUAUCAUCAUGAACUGCGAAGUCUGCCAACUCAAAGAACUGGAAGUGGAGCACUUUGAAAUAAGAGAAGUUCUUCGCUGUAUAUUACAUACAAUUGUCUUUCAUCGGGCUUUAGGUCUUGUUCGGCCUAAAGACGUUGAUUUGGAACUUUUUGAAAUUACUUAUGUGCAAUGUGGGGAUAGUGAAGUUGAAAUGAAAAUAGAUGAGAAGAUUGAGCAAUUCAUAAGUUGGGUUGAGAAACAUCCAAAUAAGAAAAGCCAGAUAUGCUUAUCCUUUUAUGAAGUGAAAAGCAAACAGCCAUCAUGGUUUACUCAUAAAAUUGAGCGGCUAUACUGGGAGCAGUGGUAUGUCAAUUUGAAUGUAACUCAGCAACCAAAAGCACAUUCUGGAAAGUCCCACCAUUCUAAAGUAGUACUUGACCCUGGCGAGAGUGCAUCUGAGGAGAGGAGUGCUCGUAGAGCAGCACUUGAAGCAGGUCUUCGUGAGGUUUUGUUCCAAAUCAUAAAAUUUGUGAAUGAGAAAAAAGACCAUGUUCCCCCCAUAUCUGAGGGCGUCAUCUAUUUUCCCUAUGAAAUUACCAUUCCAAGGUGAAGAAAGGAAAUUAAAAUCUAAAGGCAGAGCAACAAUAUUGGUUGAAAAGUUUAUAUCUAUCAAAUGAGGUUGGUGAUUGUUGAUGCAAUACUGCUUAUUAGCCUGUCAUGUAUUUAAGAAUUGGUAUUAGAUCAACCACUGUUAUAAGAAUCUUUGCUUAUGCCUUUGAAGUUCUAUAUACUGUUAGUCUCGCAUUAUCUGAGGCAUAGAAUUCUUUUAGAUUAAUAGUGCUUACGUGGAGGGAGUAUUAAAGUGCUAUCUGCGCAUUCAACUUCGCUUUUCAACUUUAUGGUCAUCAAGGAGAGGCAUAACGAAAUAAGUAUGGUUUUGUAAAUUUUCUUUCUGGUGAUAGAAUGACUGAGGCUCUAGUUCACUCUAUGCUGAGAAAGUUUGGAAAUUAGUAAAAUGGAUAUCAUGUGUGCUAACAUGGUCCAUAGCUGUCAAUAUUAUAGUGUUGGAGUACCUUUAAUAUUUAUUGUAAGAUCAGUUUGAAGGUUCAGUACCCCACUCCUCCUACCUCUUCUAUUUCAUGCCUUUAUUAUUGCCAUCUCCUUUUUUCAUUCGCAAUGAAACCCUCUAAUUGUUGAGGAGCUAGUUCAGUUUGAGUUAAUUUUGUUGGUUACACGCUAGCAUCCCUUGCGAACGUGCUGUCUCUGAAUUAAUCAAAUUGAUGAAGAAAUGUGCACUGCAAUAUUAAGUCAACUGCUUUUCCUUGAACCAUUCUCUUUGAGACUCUUUGCUAUGUCUUUAUGUUCUUUUAGCGAGGGAUUAUUCAUUUGAUUUCUCUGUGCAUGUGAAACAAUUAAUAACAAAUUAGCUGCAGUUAACUGGAUCUUUUAUUUAAGCAUUUUGGUUAUUGGUGUAAAAUUUGUUUGGUUUGAUUUUUUAGAUGAUUAUAGAACCCUAGGUUAUCAGUAAUUCAGACCAGCCUUGGCCAUAACCUUCUCAGCAUUAUUAGGAAAAGAUAAAAGAAAGAGGCAUAGACUAACAAGUGUCAUGAACUAGUGAAUUAUUAAUUGAUGUUGAAAUAUGUCUAUUCUAUAACUUACAUUUGCACUAGCCAUCUAUCGGCCUCUUUAUAUUGGAUUAACAAGGAAUCUCUUGUCGCAUAGAUGAGUUAAGCCUGUGAUAUAGGCAAUUUGUUUCAGCUUUAUUGAGCUAACAAGCUGUGCUGUUUGUGUGCUAUUUGCAUUUAAUAUACGAGGAUAGUUAGACUGCAGUUGAUGCCCUUGUUCUGUUAAUGAGAAAUUGCUGUGUCGCUAUUUUC